AUGCGCUUCACAAAUAUUAGGAUGGGCGGUGGUAUUGGGCAGGAGUUGGGUAAAUUCACAAAGGCAUAUGGCUUCUAUAGAAUUGCUUUGGCACCAAAUGAGCAAAAAGCUUGGAAGGGAUUCUUCAUUGGUUGUUGGAAGCCAAUAAGAGAGCAUGGCCGUUAUUGGUGGACGUGGGCUUUGCCAGGAACUAUUUAUUACUUAGUUUAUGCUAAUGCCAAAGAAGCACAUGAGAAAUGGCGACGUGAAAAGCACCAUUAAGAAUUUGGAAUAAAUUUUUGGAUAAAAUAUGAUGAAAGGAAAAUUGAUAGGAUUAAUAAAAGAUUUUUUGACUAUUUAUAUCGUAAAUGAAUUAAAUAUUGUUAGAAAAAAAUAAAUAAUUUUGUGAAGUAAGGAGAAAUAAAAAAAUUGUCUAUUAUAUUCGUGGGUGAGGGGUAAAACGAGGAUUUUGGUAAGUUCGUGUUUUGGAAAACCGUGUUUUGUUCGACCGCGUUUUGUCUGUCUGUGGUUUGUCCGUUC